AUGGCUCUCCUACCUCCUGGGAGACAGUCAGCGAGGGUGGCUCUCCUAGCUCCUAGGAGACAGCCAGCGAGGGUGGCUCUCCUCCCCCAGGGCAGAGAAGACUCAGCAGGGGCUGAUGACUUCCCUCCUGGAGACACUUUGCCCCGCCAAGUUGGCCGUGAGGAGGCUGACAGAAGACCCGACGGGAUGAGUGACACAGGUGCCGCUGCUGGGCUCUCUGGUCAUCCUCUACAGCCGCCUCCGCCAGGUGUGGCUCCUCCUGAAGUGAACCGCGCGAGGGACCUUGACAGUGAUGGAGGGGUGAGCUCGGCCAGUGACCUUGACAGUGAUGGAGGGGUGAGCUCGGCCAGUGACCUUGACAGUGAUGGAGGGGUGAGCUCGGCCAGUGACCUUGACAGUGAUGGAGGGGUGAGCUCGGCCAGUGACCUUGACAGUGAUGGAGGGGUGAGCUCGGCCAGUAACCUUGACAGUGAUGGAGGGGUGAGCUCGGCCAGUAACCUUGACAGUGAUGGAGGGGUGAGCUCGGCCAGUGACCUUGACAGUGAUGGAGGGGUGAGCUCGGCCAGUGACCUUGACAGUGAUGGAGGGGUGAGCUCGGCCAGUAACCUUGACAGUGAUGGAGGGGUGAGCUCGGCCAGUAACCUUGACAGUGAUGGAGGGGUGAGCUCGGCCAGUAACCUUGACAGUGAUGGAGGGGUGAGCUCGGCCAGUAACCUUGACAGUGAUGGAGGGGUGAGCUCGGCCAGUAACCUUGACAGUGAUGGAGGGGUGAGCUCGGCCAGUAACCUUGACAGUGAUGGAGAGGUGAGCUCGGCCAGUAACCUUGACAGUGAUGGAGGGGUGAGCUCGGCCAGUAACCUUGACAGUGAUGGAGAGGUGAGCUCGGCCAGUGACCUUGACAGUGAUGGAGAGGUGAGCUCGGCCAGUGACCUUGACAGUGAUGGAGGGGUGAGCUCGGCCAGUAACCUUGACAGUGAUGGAGGGGUGAGCUCGGCCAGUAACCUUGACAGUGAUGGAGGGGUGAGCUCGGCCAGUAACCUUGACAGUGAUGGAGAGGUGAGCUCGGCCAGUGACCUUGACAGUGAUGGAGAGGUGAGCUCGGCCAGUGACCUUGACAGUGAUGGAGAGGUGAGCUCAGCCAGUGACCUUGACAGUGAUGGAGAGGUGAGCUCGGCCAGUAACCUUGACAGUGAUGGAGAGGUGAGCUCGGCCAGUGACCUUGACAGUGAUGGAGAGGUGAGCUCGGCCAGUAACCUUGACAGUGAUGGAGGGGUGAGCUCGGCCAGUGACCUUGACAGUGAUGGAGAGGUGAGCUCGGCCAGUGACCUUGACAGUGAUGGAGGGGUGAGCUCGGCCAGUAACCUUGACAGUGAUGGAGAGGUGAGCUCGGCCAGUGACCUUGACAGUGAUGGAGAGGUGAGCUCGGCCAGUGACCUUGACAGUGAUGGAGAGGUGAGCUCGGCCAGUGACCUUGACAGUGAUGGAGAGGUGAGCUCGGCCAGUAACCUUGACAGUGAUGGAGAGGUGAGCUCGGCCAGUGACCUUGACAGUGAUGGAGAGGUGAGCUCGGCCAGUGACCUUGACAGUGAUGGAGGGGUGAGCUCAGCCAGUGACCUUGACAGUGAUGGAGAGGUGAGCUCAGCCAGUAACCUUGACAGUGAUGGAGGGGUGAGCUCGGCCAGUAACCUUGACAGUGAUGGAGAGGUCGACCACCGAGCCUGA